UAUAAAAUCGCCGGUUCCUCCACCCAGCGGCAGCUUGGCCUCGGCGCUCGCACGUUCUCCCGGGUUUCCCGCAGAUCUCCCUUCUGCGUCGCCAUGGAUCUCAGCGCCCUCUACGAGAGCCUCCUGUCGCUGAGCCCUGAUCUGCCAUCCAACCAAGGAGAUACGGAGUCCAGCCCAGGCUGGGCCUCUGGACUCUGGAGCCUCAGCUCAUCAGACUCCAGUCCCGCUGGGGUCGCUGCCCACCUGCCUGGCCGUUCUACCAGCCUGGUAGAGGGUCGAAGCUGUGGCUGGGUGCCCCCACCCCCAGGCUUCGCACCCCUGGCUCCCCGCCCAAGCACUGAGCUGUCUCUCUCACCUACUUCCACCCCCACCACCUCAUCCAGAUACAAGACUGAGCUAUGUCGAACCUUCUCAGAGAGUGGGCGCUGCCGCUAUGGGGCUAAGUGCCAGUUUGCCCAUGGUUUGGGCGAGUUGCGCCAAGCCAGUCGCCACCCCAAGUACAAGACAGAAUUCUGCCACAAGUUCUACCUCCAGGGCCGCUGCCCCUACGGCUCACGCUGCCACUUCAUCCACAACCCCAGUGAAGACCUGGCCUCCCCUGGCCACCCCCACAUGCUGCGACAGAGCAUCAGCUUCUCAGGCCUGCCCUCCGGCAGAAGAUCCUCGCCGCCACCAGCAGGCCUGGCAGGCCCUUCCUUGUCCUCAUGCUCCUUCUCGCCCUCCAGCUCCCCACCACCACCACCUGGGGACCUUCCACUUUCACCCUCUGCCUUCUCUGCUGCCCCUGGGACUCCGGUGGCCCUAAGGGAUCCCACACCAGCCUGUUGUCCCUCCUGCCGAAGGGCCACCCCUAGCAGCGUUUGGGGACCUGUAGGUGGCCUGGCCCGGAGCCCCUCUGCACAGUCCCUGGGAUCCGAUCCCGACGAUUAUGCCAGCAGCGGCAGCAGCCUGGGAGGGUCUGACUCACCCGUCUUCGAGGCUGGAGUGUUUGGGCCACCCCAGCCUGUAGCCCCUCGGCGACUCCCCAUCUUCAAUCGAAUCUCAGUGUCUGAGUGACAGGUGCCUGCCCAGUACAGAUCAGCUGUAUCUCAAGGGGGGCCAUUUCUCUUGUGCUAUGGUCUCCACAGAAGCCCUGGGGCUGUGGGGAUACGGGGAACUCAAGUAGCCUCACUGCCUUCCAAAUGCAUUAACCUACUCCCCUGACCCUAUUCUGGGGCAGGUCCCCAGUGGGCAAGCUCAGCGUUCCUGGUGUUGGAGGAAGGCGUGUAUUCUGGAGUCUUU